CAUUCACUAAGCGAAUGCACUUUCUAGAAUUUAUGCGUGAGGUAAUCGGCACGUGUAAGCACCGUGGCUGGCACGAAGAUUCGGAAUUUUUGUAUCAAAUGCUAAUCAUUCCUUGUUAGAUCGCAUUUUUUGAUCAACAGACUCAGCACCAUGCCUUCUGAUGCCAAAAAGAAGAGGGAGCAGAAAAAGAAAGCAGCUUCCAAACCUCAGGCAAAACCAGCACCCAAGAAGCCUGAUGGUGAAGAAGCAGCUUCUCAAGAACCCAAAGCAGCAACCAAUGGCACUGCAACAAAUGGCACGACCCAGCUCAGUGAAGAAGAGCUGCUAUGUCUGAAGUUUGAAGAAGACAUGAGGAUGGCUGCUGAGGCUCGGUCAGCCACAGGUGUGCGUGCCAUCCACCCUCGCGCCAGGGACGUCAAGAUUGAUGGCUUUUCCAUCACUUAUCACGGAUGUGAGAUGCUCAAGGAUACCAAGCUUGAGCUCAGUUGUGGCAACAGGUACGGUUUGAUAGGACCGAACGGGUGCGGCAAGUCAACCAUGUUUGCAACAAUAGCAGCUCGUGAGAUUCCUCUACAGGACCACAUUGACGUCUUCUACCUGACGAGGGAGAUGCCGGCCUCAGACAAGACAGCCCUGCAGUGUGUCAUGGAGGUCGAUGCAGAACGCGUCAAACUCGAGGCUCUUGCUGAGGAACUUGCUGCUAAUACUGACCAAGAAUCACAAGACCAGCUCAUGGAUGUGUACGAGCGUCUGGACGAGCUGGACGCCAGCACAGCUGAAGCAAAGGCCGCUCACAUCUUGCGGGGUCUUGGCUUUACUUAUCAGAUGCAACAAAAGCAAACAAAGGAUUUUUCUGGAGGCUGGCGCAUGCGCAUUGCCUUGGCUCGAGCUCUGUUCCUGAAGCCUCAUCUCCUUCUCCUUGACGAGCCCACUAACCACCUUGACUUGGACGCCUGCGUCUGGCUUGAAGAAGAACUCAAAAGCUACCACAUGAUUCUGGUCAUCAUCUCCCAUUCUCAGGACUUCAUGAAUGGAGUGUGCAACAGGAUUAUUCAUAUGACAAAACAGAAGUUGGAAUACUACACGGGUAACUACGACGCGUUUGUCAAGACACGUUCUGAGCUGCUGGAGAACCAAAUGAAGCAGUACAACUGGGAACAGGACCAAAUUGCCCACAUGAAGAACUACAUUGCGCGCUUCGGUCACGGCUCGGCUAAGCUGGCGCGACAAGCGCAGUCCAAAGAGAAGACCCUGGCUAAGAUGGUGGCUGGGGGGCUCACAGAGAAGGUUGUGGGAGACAAGACUUUGUCUUUCUAUUUCUUCAGUUGCGGGAAAAUCCCUCCUCCGGUGAUCAUGGUUCAGAACGUGAGUUUCCGAUACUCGGAGAAUACUCCGUGGAUUUACCGUAACCUUGAAUUUGGUAUUGACCUGGACACGCGGCUCGCUCUCGUGGGCCCCAAUGGAGCUGGUAAAUCAACGCUAUUGAAGCUGCUUUAUGGCGACCUCACGCCUACCACGGGCAUGAUCAGGAAAAAUUCCCACCUGAAAAUAGCGAGGUACCACCAGCACUUACACGAGCUGCUUGACUUGGACCUCUCACCAGUCGAGUACAUGAUGAAACAAUUCCCGGAGCUCAAGGAGAGAGACGAGGUGCGGAAAAUUGUUGGCCGGUACGGGCUGACUGGCAAGAUGCAGGUGUCACCCAUCCGUCAGCUCUCAGACGGCCAGCGGUGUCGUGUGGUCUUCGCAUGGCUGGCUCAGCAGGUCCCUCACUUGCUACUACUUGACGAACCUACCAAUCACUUGGACAUCGAGACCAUCGACUCGUUGGCGGACGCCAUCAGCGACUUCGAGGGCGGCAUGGUCCUCGUCUCCCACGACUUCAGACUCAUCGAUAGGGUUGCUGAAGAAAUUUGGAUUUGUGAGGACGAGAAAGUGACGAAGUGGACAGGCACCAUCGACAAAUAUAAGGAUAUGCUUAAAGAGAAAGUUUUGAGCGACGUUAACAGAAAAACGACCACCAAAUGAUCUUGUUAACUAUAGCCCCUUGAUUCUAAUACUUGUCUGUGCAUUCAUGUCCCUAGUUUGUUAAAGAGAGCGAACAAGAUGUAAUUGGACCUAUUUUAAGGUCCGAGUAUGUGUCUGCUUAUUAGGGCUUCUUCGUAUAACUUCCUGUAACCAUGAACGUGCUUGUUUAGUAUCGAUUUUCUAUGUUUUAAUUGAUUUAGGCACGCUGAAAUGUUACGUGUGUACAUAAUGCAUGUAAUGAUGUUGAUAUGUGACAUGGCACAAGCUUUAACGAUUGUGUUCUCAAUUUGUCGCCGCCUUGCGUGCAAGGCGACCUAUGAUUUUAGAACUGCUAUUGAAGUAUUGCAUAGCUAAUUUCUUUGUCAAGCAUCCAUAAUAUACCAAAUCGACAGGUAUAGAACAAUACCCUACUUCUGAAGUUCAAUAACACUAACACUUCUCAAUUUCAAUGUUAUUUUCAAUCUGAAUCAAUCUCUUAUUGUGUAUGAACCAGUAUUCGCGUAUGUGUGGCGUGCAUCGGUUGUCCUAUUUAUUUUGCAUGUAGGAGAAAACAAAUGCAUAACUACGGUACGGAAUCUAUGCCGAAAUUUCGAAGUUUAUUUGUAAUCACGGGUAUAUUAGGGGCCCCCGGGGGGAUGUAGUUGAGUACUAAAUGAAUAAUUCACUAACGCGUUUGCAACGAGAGCCUAAAUUUCUGUUCGUUGUUACGGUCACCUCAUGCUCCUAUAAGGAGAAUAAUGUUAUAACUGCAGGGUUCUAGUGUCACUUUUUAGCAUUUCUCGCGUGGACGUGAAACAUUCGGUAUAAUAAAUCCUUUCGCACAGCAAUAACCGUU